CGCACAAUUAAAGCUUUGGGCCAAACAUGGCAUGAGGAUUGCUUUGUGUGUGGCGGACCAUGCCACAAACCCCUAGUCGGUACGUCUUUCUACGAGCGCGAUGGCCGGGCCUAUUGUAAAACGGACUUUGAGGAACUCUUUGCGGCACGUUGCGCUGGCUGCACAAAACCUAUCACAGAGAAUGCGAUUGUGGCGUUAAAUGCCAAAUGGCAUAGGGACUGCUUUAAAUGCAAGAAAUGCGCCAACCCUAUCACAGCGAGUAUAUUCGCCGUUGAAGAGAACAAACCAGUCUGUACCGAGUGCUCAGCCUAAAACGAGCCACAAAUAAGCGCAGCGAAAAGCAAAGAAGUGAUUAUGUAAUGUGCAUGCGAUGAACAAUGUAUAGAAA